AGGUCCCUCCCAAAUAGGCGGAGCGUCAGAGGCAUCGAGCAAAUGUCAACAACAUGCCGGAGUCUUCCAGGGAAACAGAAACUGAGGAGGAAAUGAAAGACAGACAACAAAGAGAUCAAGGAAACCAGUCGUCUCAGAACAUCGUGUCUUUAAUAUCUCAGUUCGCAGAUGAUCAUUUAGCACUUGUGCGGAACAUAAGCACCGGACUGGCAGUUGCUGGUGUUAUUGUAAUAGCAAGGAGUAUCAAACUGAUCACCAAAUUUCAAGCUGCGUCUGAGAUCCCUGCUCGUUUCAUUGAGAGGAACGUCAGCCUUCGUGGGAAAGUUCAUUCAGUCACAGAGAAAGGACUUGAAGUGGAACAUGUCCCGAUUUAUCUGCCAGUCCUUUCUCCGUUACUUUCAAAACACAAAGGUGUGUGCACGUCCUCGAUGCUGGUGAAUCUUGCAGGAGUGGAGAUGACUCCAGAGGGCAGGGUAUGGCUGCAGAAGAACCUGGCUCCUGCCCAAACAGUGUGGUUAAAACUUAUCAGCCGAGAGGAUGACACACUACACUGUUUGGUGUCUCAAAGCAGGCAGGGGUCGAUGUGGAGCUACUAUAUGAACGAAGAGGCCCUCAGGCUCGGUCUGGCUCGCACUGCGCCUGUUGUCGGAGUCCUGCCUGACUCUCGCCUCUACUGGCGUCUUCACAAACGGCUGCACAGGGCAGAGGUCAAAGCUGAGAGGAAGGGGCGGGGACUGUGGAAGCAGGACAGCCUAUGGGAGAGGGCCUCCAAGGCUAUCAGGGACAAUGCUUUAGUCAGACGGAUGAGGAGGAUCUUUAAGAGGACUUGAUGCACUGAGUGACUGAUUGUUUCAAGACAGAAGUGUUUUUGAGCUCUGAAAUAAUCAAAAUGUGAAAGCACACAAUCUGUUACUGCCAGCUGAUAUACUGACACAUCUAAAAGGAGUUUAAAAGUCUUAACUGCAGGUUUAAGAAAGUGCCAUCCUAAACACUAAUCUGUUUUGUGUGACAGAUAUGCUUCUCAGUGCUAUGAAAACAGUUCCAAAAAGAGAGGUUUAUAGUUUAUUUUUUACUGUAUUUCACAGUCUUCAGAAGUUUGACAUGAUUAAAAAGGUCUCAAACCCUGAUACUAAUCCCUCAGCUUUCACUUACCCCAUUAAAUCACAGCUAAGCACAG